AUGUACACUCUCUUGGCUCUUUUGGCUUUGGCUGUGGUCCCGUCUUCUGGAUUCCACUUUGGAUUUCCAACUACAACUCCAACACUUCCAGGAUUCACAUCCAUUCAACCAACUCCAAUUUCCACGUGUCGAAUUGCAACCAUUGGAAGAUCUAUCAGAAACGUCUGUCCAACUGGAUACACUGCCGUUACCAAUGGGGAAUGUUGCAUUGCCUCUCAAGUCACCUAUUCUACUGGUACAACCCCUCGUCCUCUAUUCCCCUGCAUUGAUCGACCAAAUCUCAAUGGAAUCAACGAGUGUCCAGGAUGGAGAAGCUACUGUAAUGAUGUUUUCUACAAAGACUACAUGAACCGAAACUGCCCACAAACUUGUGGAUUCUGUUCAUCCACGUCUUCUACUCCUAUUUCCACUUGUCGAGUUGCUACUGUUGGAAGAUCUAUCAGAAACGUCUGUCCAACUGGAUACACUGCCGUUACCAAUGGGGAAUGUUGCAUUGCCUCUCAAGUGAUCUAUUCUGAAUCUACUGCUCCCACCAUUCGUCCUCCAUUCUCCUGUGCCGAUCGUUCGAAUACCAAUGGAAUCAACGAGUGUCCAGGAUGGAGAAGCUACUGUAACGAUGUCUUCUACAAAGACUUCAUGGCUCGCAACUGCCCACAAACUUGCGGACUCUGCUCUUCUACCACCUCAUCUACCUGCAUUGACGUCGUCAACCCAACCACCGGAAGAUCGGAAUGCGCUGCCAAUUUGCGACUCUGCAACAAUGUUGCCUUCAGAGAUUGGAUGAAGAUCCAGUGCCCAAGAACUUGUGGAUACUGUAGAUAA